AUGCCUGAAACGGGUGUUACGAUUUAUCAGCCCUCCCAUAAUGAUCUAGAUAGUUUGAAAGAAUCAUUUGUUAGAAUGGCAAGUGAAAAUAAAAGUUACAUAAAAAUUUUAGAAGAAAUGUGUAAUGAGAUCAAAAAGAAUAAACAGAAUUCAGCUCUAAUGCGUUAUGCAUUUGGUAUGCGAGACAACUUUCUCUCUGAAAUAUAUAAAAAGUACUUUGGCGUCGAUGCUGCAUUUUGUAUUUUCAAUAACAACGAUCGUAAAUUAUGGUCAAACAAAUUUUCAAUUCCUCCAGAUGACUUCAAAAAAACAAACCUUUCUGAAGACACUCGCCAAAAUGGUUUUUAUUCCUAUGAAGAAUUUGUCAAUUUGGAUGAAAUCAAUGUCUUUAAAGUAGGAAAGGUUACAGGUCUUACUACUGGAAAAAUGGUCUCUACUUAUUCUUCUGUUUCCAUUGAUCUAAGAGAUAAAAGCAUUAAAUAUGCAAAAAAUUAUAUGAAGACGCCUUUGGUCAAAGAAAUCAAUAAAAUGCGUCAGCAAUGUUAUCCUACUGUAUGGUUUGAUCGACAAUUAAUAUUUGCAUUUAGACCUGGAGACUUUGUAUCUAGAGACUCGAAAGCAAGUAUUGUAAAUAAAGAAGGAAAGGCUCUUGGUAUCCUUCAUGCGGUAUGGAUAACAGAAAAUUCCAAUUAUGCUAUUGCUUUUCCUUAUUUUGCUAUUUUUGAAGCAUUGAAUGUGACAGACCAAGUCCAACUUCAGGUCACAAAUGAAUCUUGA